AUGUCGAGUUUGUGGCUUUUUUGGGUCUUCAAGGUAAAUAGAGCUUACAAUUUUACCCGUACUCGAACUCAGACUUUGAACUUUCGGAAAACCUUAUUAUCCAACAACGAAGAUAAUCUUAUCAUCAGGUUUGACGUUAUUAUAUUUCCACAAAAUAUACUUUGAGGGUCAUGUUAGCAGUGAGAAAGUCAUGCUAAAAAAAAGUGAAAUACUAUUGAUUGAACUUAGGAUAAUUUCUUUUAGAAAUUGUGUUCGCUUUAAUUUGGGCACACGAACGAUGAAGAAAAGAAAAUUUUGAGAAACUAGUAUUCUUAAUACACAAAACAGAUGAUUCCUACCCUAUACAACUUAAUUUGCAUGUAACUUUUUCUCGAAUAAUACGUGGUCUGUGAGAGUCUAAUAAACAAGCGAAUCAAAGCAGAAGCCAACGCAAGAAACUUAAUGAACGGAGAAGCGUAAUCAAAAUUUUGUUCCUGAGACACCGGUUUUCGAUUUUUUGUGGGGGGGGGGGGGAGGUUCAAGCGUGAAGUGAAUGUAAUUAAAGACAAUUUUCUACUUCAUUUUUAUUUUGUGCGCUACUUUGUUUUCGUUAUCAUGAUCUAAAUUUUUUUUCUGCUAAGGUUGUCUUUCUUGUAACGUCAGCACACAUUCCAGGUAAGCAGAAGUGUAGCAAGAGGAACUCGAAUCUAUCUUUAAGACUAGAAAAUAUCUACGGACUGCUAUUGUGUACCGAGGAAUUAGGAACACGAGACCGAAAUGGUAAUAAUGUUGUGGUUUUGAGAGUGGCUCGCAUGUCUUUAACUUUAUUGCGACUGGUCAGUACACGAUUGACCUGUCAGAAUCAAAUCAAAUUGUUACUAGUUUUGUCUCUCAGUAACUUGCGGAUACUUUCUUUUCACAAUAAUCUGAAUGUUUAUUGAACAGCUCACUACUUCCGAAAAAUUUUUUUAAAGAAACGUUUAGUUCCUAAGAAGUAAUUUUUCCCCAGAAUGCCCUACUAUCCUGGACGUUAUCUUCAUGAUUGACACGUCAAUGAAUAUCAAUAAUUCAGAGCUCACGGAUACCAAGGAGUUUAUCAAAAACAUCAUACCUUACAUCAAUCCCUCAAUCGAAGGUACUUUAAACAAUUGAAUGCCUUAUCUUAAUGAAGCAGGUAUAGUUCAUAAGAAGAGUUUUUUAGUGCAGAACUAGAUCUGGGAUCGCACUGGUUUUGCUAUACUUCCCACUCUGAUAACCAAGAGAACUCGCACGACCCUCACAGUCAAUCAGAUGCAAACGUGAUACGCACGCUUCAGUCUGAAAACUCAUUGGCUCCUUGUAAUGAUAUACUUAACCCUAGUUGGAUGUUAUGAUUAGCAAAUUGCAUCGUUGAUCUCUACACGCUCUGAAUUCAUCGGCCAAACUGUUUGUUUAUGUUUUUGUCCAAUUCUAUAUUUUCGUUGCUUUGUUUAUUCGAUUUAAUUGUCAGCUAUUCAUUUAUCCCUAAGGCACUCAUGUAGGAAUUUUAAGCUUUUCGUCAGGGUUAACUAGAAGGUAUCAGAUCUCCGGUACACAAGAUGUUAGCACCAUUCAGAGGGCUGUAGAUGAGAUUCAGCGCGGGAUUGGGCAACCGGUUAUGUAUCGAGCUUUUAGUGUGGCCACAAGAGAUGUCGGUGAACACCGGCCGCAAAAGGACCUCAAACGACUACUGGUUGUAGCUUCAAAUGGUCGAUACAUACGUAUGUCUCUAUUUGUUUAAAAAAUUAUUAUUUAAUUUUUUAGCUCGAUAUGAGAACGGAUUGGGCAUAGGAAAUUAGCCGCAUAUGUAAGGUGAACGUACAUUACGGCGUUCGUUCAAUUUUAAUCUUGAGGAUUUAAGGAGUGAAUUUUAUACUAAUCUUAGCUUUAGGUCUGGCUUAAUAGAUUAGAUGAUUCUUGAUGUUAAGCAAAGGCAAAUUAUCAACGAUUGCUUUUCUCCCAUCAGAUCCUGAUCUUGCAGUGUCGAGCGCACAGCAACCGAAGGAUGACGGAAUUGUCAUAAUUAGUUUGUGGAUAAACACUAAUGUCACCAAAGAACAGCUGGAAUCAGUUGCCACGUCAAAACGUCUCGUGGUCAUAGCUCACUCUUCACGUGAUUACACUGCCAUGAGUAACCUUGUCUCGUUGAUUUGCGAAGGUAAAAAGCAAAAGCUAUACUCUUCAGAAUUUCUACGAUUUUUCCUUCACGAAUUCAUUUCUACCUUGGAAACAAGGUGAUUGAAUUGUAACAAAAAAAAAAGAAUUGAUCCAGUUCCUCUUUGACAAAUAAUUAAGUGUUAACAACUGAGUUGAAAACGUAAAUUGGGCGCCGUAAAGAGUUAAAAGGCUGACGUCUAGAGCGUUAGCCUUUCGUCAGAGCGAUCUGACAAAGGGCUAACGAAUCCAAUCGCUCUGACGAAAGGCUAAGGCUCGAAAAGUCAGCCUUUUAACUCUUUACGGUGGCCAAUCUACGUUUUCAACUCAGUUGUUAACACUGUAUUACCUGCUAUACUCUCCAACCGACGUAGCACCAUAGUUUCUUCAGAAACUUACCCCCCUCUUUGACAAAAUCUAUUUUGAUUGGUUAUGAGAGAGCCCAGGGACGGUUUCCUUGAUGAUCAAUGACAUUAAAACUAGUGGUCUCUUUUAAAUUGGUUUUGUUCUAAUUUCGUUUGUAUUGAUUGUUCGUUUUCAACAGGUAAAAAAGCGCACCAAAAAUUUAAGCUCAGACGAUCAUAGCACAGAUUAACUAUUACCCCAGUGGAUCCAAACCUUAUGUCACAAAACAUUUUCUAUCAGUCUUGCAAUCGCUGCAUAUUUGAAAAGUUGUGUUUCGAGACAGUUUACGGUCAGUGGUAGAAAAUAUUUAUCACUUUACGACCGUCGCAUUGUCUCUGGACAUGCAUGUCAAGUUCAAGUGGCUAGUGAGCUCCACACUCCAAAAUUAUCUCCAAGAUAUCUCUAACUCUCAAAUAUCCUUUGAUUCUUCUUAGCCGAGAGAGAAUCUGGGGCAUUAAUCUCAUACUCAGCAGAGAGAUCCGCCCUUAAAGGUCAUGUGAUUGAGACGGUACACGCAUGGGACGAUUUCUCCUGCGCCUUUAGCUGUCUUCGUGUACAUAACUGCUUCUCUUUCAACUUCAAGAAAAUUUCGCAAGCUUGCGAGUUGAUUCAUACAAACAGGCUGACAUCCCUUGGGGAUAUUAUCAAAGAUUUCGAUUCCAGUUACCACGAGCUAACCUUUUUGUGA